AUGUGCGGUGUAUUUUCAGCGUACAUGAAAGGGAGAAGUUUGCCAUCGGCAUCCAUUCUGAAGGUGGGCGAGAGGAAAUACAUGUCCACACACACAUUUACGGACAGUUGUUAUGUUCAUGCAAAUGCCCCUUUCUCUCUGUCUCUCUCUCUGUGUGUGUGUACAUAUGGAUGUGUGCAUGUGUGUCUUCAUGACUGCUGCAUUUAUUUAUUUAUUUACUUUUCCCCUUUUUCUUCCUUUAUUUCUCUGGUGGCCACAUGGAACGGGGGGGGAGGAGGAGAGGAAGUGAAGAAGAGAACACGAGGAGGGAAGAAAAAAACAAAAACAAAACAAAAAGAAGAAGAAGAAGAGGGGUCUUCUGCAAUAAAAAAAAAAAAAAAGAUGGGAUCGGCAGUGACAUGCGUUUCUUUUGGCAAUCGUCGGCGGGAUACGCGGCCAAAGGCGAGUCAAGAUGACAAUGGAGAAGAGGACAUGUGGCAACAGCGGUUUCUCAUGGAGGUUGGAAAAGAUUCCACUUCCGUCACACGCGACUUUCCGCGAAUUCCCGUGUACGUCCGCACCGCCACACGCAACAAUUAUUAUGAACCGCAACGAGAAGUGCAGCGGGUGGAGAAGGAACAGCAGCAGAAGAUACAUGUGGAGAUGACGGGGUGCUCGGAGGAUGCCGCGCAUCAUUGUCUUGCGCUGAGGAGUGAUCGGGUUCGCACAUCGAUAGAACUUCUGUUGGAAUUGUGCGGCGAAGACACGAUGGCGAUGCUUUCCGCGUGGCAAACGGAGGAAGAAAGAUUAGGCGUGGCGGAUGCCUCUUCGUUGCUUCUUGCCGUACUGCUGAUGAGUGGCAUGCUGCAGGUGAAGAAGGAAACAGAGGGGAGCGGGCAAUGUGAGAAUGACGCACCGGGAACUUCACCGACGGUACCGAAAAGGGAAAUGAGUACAGCCGAAACGACCACCGCCGCACCGAAUGGGUCAACGGAAUACGGCAAAGCGGAUGCGGUGUUGUUGUCUGCUUCACCUCAGUACAUAGUCCAAAGCAAGGCACUCCGUCUGAUGCAGUACAUGGUGCAGUCGGCGGUGUUCUUUUCCAUUCAAUGGCUUACUGGCGUUUUUCGAUUCCCAUGGUGCCGACACAUGCACGAUAUCGUUUGGACUGCACAUGUGUACUCUGAAAAGGAUAGAAAUCGAGAGGGUAUGGAAGAAGGGGACAUUGAGUUGAUUAUUGUGCAGCACAAACUGACGUUACGCCACUACGUAGAGCCGAAGGAAUUACGGAAAAAGCCUCGGUUUGAAGUUGACUGGACAUGUACCAUCUGCAUUGAUCCCCGCCAUCUUUUGCAUGACACUUCCAACCCGCCGACGAUGGGUAAGGAUGCUGAAGUGCGCCAAAUCACCGCGGAGGUUUUGGCGGCGCGUGUGGAGAUGCCACCGAAAACGGCAUGUUGUGUUUCACGGGUUUGGCGUAAGCGCCGUGAUGCGCUGAAGGUCCGGCUGUGGAAUCGCUUUCAGGUGGAGCUCGAUCUCGUGCCGGCUCUGCAUGGCCGCACUGCGAACUGA